AUGGAUAUCUUCCUGGAGAUUGUGACCAACCCAGAUGGCUACUACUACACCCAUAAUACUAACUGUAUGUGGCGUAAGAGCAGGAAGCCCAACCCUGGCUCUUCCUGUGAUGGAACUGACCUCAACAGGAACUGGGAUGCUGGUUUUGGAACCGCCGGCUCUAGCAGUAACCCAUGCGAUCAGACUUACUGCGGGCCCAAGGCUCACACGGAGUCUGAGGUCAAGUCCAUCGUGGACUUUGUCAAGUCUCAUGGCAACCUGAAGGCCUUCAUCGACAUCCACAGCUACUCCCAGAGGAUAAUGUACCCCUAUGGCUACACUGCAACCCCCUGCAAGGACCAGAGAGAACUGCACGACCUGGCUAGGAAGGCCAUCACUGACCUGGCUACCCUGUCUGGAACCUCCUACAGACACGGCAGCGUUAUGACCACCAUAUACCGAGCCAGUGGCAUCACUAUUGACUGGUCCUACAACCAAGGCAUCAAAUACUCCUACACCUUCGAGCUGAGAGACACUGGUCUCUAUAGUUUCAUCCUGCCAGCCAAUCAGAUCCUUCCUACAGCCAAGGAGGCUUGGCUGGCUCUGAUGGCCAUCAUGGAGCACACCAAGGACAACACCAACUAGAGGGGUCACCAUGACAUCUACA